GCGGCGAGUGCGGGGCGCGGAGAUGGAGCGGUGGCCCUCCCGGUGGAAGACGAGACGGUGGCCGUGGAACCUGGCCGUCACCACCCUGGCGCUGACCUUCCUCGCCCAGCCCCGAGAGGUCAGAGGAGCUGCUCCAGUUGAUGUACUAAAAGCUCUAGAUUUUCACAAUUCUCCAGAGGGAAUAUCAAAAACAACGGGCUUUUGCACAAACAGAAAGAAUUCGAAAGGGUCGGAUACUGCUUACAGAGUUUCAAAGCAGGCUCAGCUCAGCGCCCCGACAAAACAGCUCUUUUCAGGAGGAACUUUCCCAGAAGAUUUUUCAAUAUUAUUUACAGUAAAACCCAAAAAAGGCAUUCAGUCUUUCCUCUUAUCUAUCUACAAUGAGCACGGCAUUCAGCAAAUCGGCGUUGAGGUCGGGAGGUCGCCCGUCUUCCUGUUUGAAGACCACCUGGGGAAGCCGGCCCCCGAGGACUACCCCCUGUUCCGCACGGUCAACAUCGCCGAUGGGAAGUGGCAUCGGGUGGCCAUCAGCGUGGAGAAGAAGACGGUGACCAUGAUCGUGGACUGCAAGAAGAAAGCCACCAAACCGCUGGAGAGAAGCGAGCGCGCGAUCGUGGACACCAACGGGAUCGCGGUGUUUGGCACGAGGAUUUUGGAUGAAGAAGUGUUUGAGGGGGACAUCCAACAGCUGCUGAUCAUCAGUGACCCCAAAGCCGCCUAUGACUACUGUGAGCAUUACAGCCCCGACUGCGAUUCCUCAGUGCCCAAGGCCGCGCAGGCUCAGGAGCCGCAGAUCGAUGAGUAUGCGCCCGAGGAUGUAACGGAGUAUGACUAUGAGUAUGGGGAAGCAGACUAUAAGGAGGCUGACAGUGUGACAGAGACCCCCACUGUAGCCGAGGAGACCAUAGCACCAACCGAGGCCAAUGUCGUGGAAGAUUUUCAAGAAUACAACUACGGGACCAUGGGAAGCUUCCAGACCGAAGCUCCCAGGCGGGCCUCCGGCACCAAUGAGCCAAGUCCCGUGGAAGAUGUGUUUACUGAAGAAUAUCUAACCGGAGAGGAUUAUGAGGCCCAGAGGAAAAAUCCCGAGGAUACACUGUAUGAGAACAAAGAAAUAGACGGCAGGGAUUCUGACCUUCCGGUAGAUGGAGAUUUAGGCGAAUAUGAUUUUUAUGAAUAUAAAGAAUAUGAAGAUAAGCAAACGAGCCCCACUAAUGAAGAGUUUGGUCCAGGGGUCCCGGCCGAAACAGAUAUCACAGAAACCAGCAUAAAUGGCCAUGGCGGAUACGGGGAGAAAGGACAGAAAGGAGAGCCAGCGGUAGUUGAACCUGGAAUGCUGAUCGAAGGACCACCAGGGCCAGCCGGACCUGCGGGUCUUAUGGGCCCUCCAGGUCUACAAGGCCCGUCUGGACCCCCUGGCGACCCCGGCGAUAGGGGUCCCCCAGGACGUCCUGGCUUACCAGGGGCUGAUGGCCUACCUGGUCCUCCUGGUACCAUGUUGAUGUUACCGUUUCGCUAUGGCGGCGAUGGCUCCAAAGGCCCAGUGGUGUCUGCUCAGGAAGCGCAGGCCCAGGCGAUCCUUCAGCAGGCUCGGAUUGCGCUGAGGGGUCCCCCGGGCCCCAUGGGUCUCACCGGAAGACCAGGUCCUGUGGGGGGGCCUGGUUCGUCGGGGGCCAAAGGGGAGAGUGGUGACCCAGGUCCUCAGGGUCCUCGCGGUGUCCAGGGGCCACCUGGUCCAACCGGGAAACCUGGCAAAAGGGGUCGUCCAGGUGCUGAUGGAGGAAGAGGAAUGCCAGGAGAACCUGGGUCAAAGGGGGAUCGAGGAUUUGAUGGACUUCCAGGUCUACCAGGUGAUAAAGGUCAUAGGGGUGAACGUGGUCCCCAAGGCCCUCCUGGCUCUCCUGGCGAAGACGGAAUGAGGGGGGAAGACGGGGAAAUUGGACCCCGGGGCCUUCCAGGGGAAGCCGGCCCACGGGGCUUGCUGGGGCCGCGGGGGACGCCAGGACCCAUCGGGCAGCCUGGCAUCGCGGGUAUAGAUGGCCCCCAAGGACCCAAAGGCAACAUGGGUCCCCAGGGGGAGCCCGGGCCUCCGGGUCAGCAGGGGAACCCCGGGCCGCAGGGGCUCCCGGGCCCGCAAGGCCCCAUCGGUCCUCCCGGUGAGAAGGGACCUCAAGGCAAACCCGGGCUCGCGGGCCUCCCAGGUGCUGACGGGCCUCCUGGUCAUCCUGGGAAAGAAGGCCAGUCUGGAGAUAAGGGUGCUCUGGGUCCGCCUGGUCCACAGGGUCCGAUUGGCUACCCCGGCCCCAGAGGAGUGAAGGGAGCAGAUGGUGUCAGAGGUCUCAAGGGCUCCAAAGGUGAAAAGGGUGAAGAUGGUUUCCCAGGAUUCAAAGGUGACAUGGGUCUUAAAGGUGACAGAGGAGAAGUCGGUCAAUUGGGUCCGAGAGGAGAAGAUGGCCCUGAAGGCCCCAAAGGUCGAGCAGGUCCCACGGGGGACCCCGGUCCCUCCGGUCAAGCCGGAGAGAAGGGGAAACUUGGUGUUCCAGGAUUGCCCGGGUAUCCAGGAAGACAAGGUCCAAAGGGUUCCACCGGAUUUCCCGGCUUCCCAGGGGCCAACGGAGAGAAAGGUGCACGGGGCGUCGCGGGCAAGCCGGGCCCUCGCGGGCAGCGCGGUCCCACGGGUCCUCGAGGUUCCAGAGGAGCGCGCGGCCCCACCGGGAAGCCGGGCCCGAAGGGCACUUCGGGCGGCGAUGGCCCUCCAGGCCCUCCUGGCGAGAGAGGCCCUCAAGGACCUCAGGGUCCGGUUGGAUUCCCGGGACCAAAAGGCCCUCCUGGACCGCCUGGGAAGGAUGGCCUGCCAGGGCACCCUGGGCAACGUGGAGAGACUGGAUUUCAAGGCAAGACCGGCCCUCCUGGCCCCGGGGGCGUUGUUGGACCACAGGGGCCCACUGGCGAGACUGGUCCCCUGGGCGAACGUGGACACCCUGGCCCGCCGGGGCCGCCCGGUGAGCAAGGCCUUCCUGGCGCUGCAGGAAAAGAAGGCGCAAAGGGCGACCCAGGUCCUCAAGGCGUCUCGGGGAAGGAUGGCCCGGCAGGUCUCCGUGGUUUCCCAGGCGAACGAGGUCUCCCUGGAGCUCAGGGUACACCUGGCCUGAAAGGAGGAGAGGGUCCCCAGGGCCCCCCAGGUCCAGUGGGCUCCCCCGGGGAGCGGGGGUCGGCAGGCACCGCGGGCCCCAUCGGAUUGCCAGGGCGUCCAGGACCCCAGGGUCCCCCCGGGCCGGCCGGAGAGAAAGGUGCUCCUGGCGAGAAGGGUCCCCAAGGCCCUGCAGGCAGGGACGGAGUGCAGGGCCCCGUGGGGCUCCCGGGGCCGGCUGGGCCCGCCGGCUCCCCCGGGGAAGACGGAGACAAGGGUGAAAUCGGCGAACCCGGACAAAAAGGCAGCAAGGGUGACAAAGGAGAAAAUGGUCCUCCUGGCCCCCCAGGUCUUCAGGGUCCCGUCGGCGCCCCUGGAAUUGCUGGAGGUGACGGGGAGCCAGGGCCCAGAGGUCAGCAGGGGAUGUUUGGACAGAAAGGGGAUGAGGGAGCAAGAGGUUUCCCGGGACCCCCCGGUCCCAUCGGUCUGCAGGGUCUGCCAGGCCCGCCUGGUGAAAAAGGUGAAAAUGGAGAUGUCGGCCCCAUGGGUCCACCUGGUCCUCCUGGCCCAAGAGGUCCCCAAGGUCCCAACGGAGCUGAUGGACCACAAGGACCUCCAGGAUCCAUUGGUUCCGUUGGUGGUGUUGGAGAAAAGGGUGAACCUGGAGAAGCAGGAAACCCAGGGCCGCCCGGCGAAGCAGGCACGGGGGGCCCCAAAGGAGAACGAGGAGAGAAAGGGGAGGCGGGGCCCCCCGGCGCGGCCGGACCGCCCGGCGCCAAGGGGCCACCAGGGGACGAUGGCCCGAAGGGCAACCCGGGCCCUGUUGGUUUCCCUGGAGAUCCCGGCCCCCCCGGGGAGCCCGGCCCUGCGGGUCAAGAUGGCGCUGGUGGUGACAAGGGCGAGGACGGAGACCCCGGGCAGCCGGGUCCGCCCGGCCCCUCUGGUGAGGCAGGCCCGCCAGGUCCUCCUGGGAAAAGAGGUCCUCCGGGAGCAGCAGGUGCAGAGGGGCGGCAAGGGGAAAAGGGCGCCAAGGGGGAAGCAGGUGCCGAGGGUCCUGCCGGAAAAACUGGCCCAGUGGGUCCGCAGGGCCCUUCCGGGAAGCCCGGUCCAGAGGGCCUCCGGGGCAUCCCCGGGCCUGUGGGAGAACAAGGUCUCCCCGGAGCUGCAGGCCAAGACGGGCCGCCCGGUCCCUUGGGACCUCCCGGAUUACCUGGUCUCAAAGGUGACCCCGGCUCCAAGGGCGAGAAGGGGCAUCCUGGUUUGAUUGGCCUGAUCGGGCCUCCAGGAGAACAAGGCGAGAAGGGUGACAGAGGGCUGCCCGGGACCCAGGGAUCUCCAGGAGCGAAGGGCGACGGGGGAAUUCCAGGCCCUGCCGGUCCCAUCGGGCCACCUGGUCCUCCAGGCUUACCAGGCCCUCAAGGUCCCAAGGGGAACAAAGGCUCCACGGGACCCGCUGGCCAGAAGGGUGACAGUGGCCUGCCAGGGCCCCCCGGGCCUCCGGGCCCCCCCGGGGAGGCCAUCCAGCCUUUACCCAUCCUGUCGCCCAAGAAGACGAGGAGACACACGGAGGGCAUGCAGGCCGACGUGGGGGAUGCUACGCUCGACUACUCGGAUGGGAUGGAGGAAAUAUUCGGUUCCCUCAACUCCCUGAAACAAGACAUCGAGCACAUGAAGUUUCCCAUGGGCACGCAGACCAACCCCGCCCGCACGUGCAAGGACCUGCAGCUCAGCCACCCCGACUUCCCCGACGGUGAGUACUGGAUCGAUCCUAACCAAGGCUGCUCAGGAGAUUCCUUCAAGGUUUACUGCAAUUUCACGUCGGGCGGCGAGACGUGCAUUUACCCAGACAGGAAAUCCGAGGGGGUGAGAAUUUCAUCGUGGCCAAAGGAGAAGCCAGGAAGCUGGUUCAGUGAAUUUAAGAGAGGAAAACUGCUUUCCUAUCUGGACGUGGAAGGCAAUGCCAUCAACAUGGUGCAGAUGACCUUCCUGAAGCUGCUGACGGCGUCCGCGCGGCAGAACUUCACCUACCACUGCCACCAGUCCGCCGCCUGGUACGACGCGGCCACCGGAGGGUACGGCAAAGCGCUCCGGUUCCUGGGGUCCAACGACGAGGAGAUGUCCCACGACAACAGCCCGUACAUCAGGGCGCUGCACGACGGCUGCGCGUCCAGAAAAGGCUACGAAAAGACUGUGAUUGAAAUCAACACACCGAGAAUUGACCAAGUCCCUAUCGUUGAUGUAAUGAUUAAUGACUUUGGUGAUCAGAAUCAGAAGUUUGGAUUCGAAGUUGGCCCUGUCUGUUUUCUUGGCUGAGGUUAGGACGAAGAACAUGUGAAAUCAACAGCAAACAUACCUUGGUGCCACCCACCCAUUUGAUGCCACAUGCGAGUUUUGAGUAAGGAUGGCAUAGAAAACAACUCGUCACGUAUACAUGUACCCGUUAGGAAGUACUGACGCCCUCAUCAGUGAGGGGCAGAAUCACAUGGCAAAAGCUUUGAAAAUAAUUUAAAAAAAAGAUAGUGUGGCUGAGAUGGAAAUAAGCCUUAUUCUUGAUUCCCAACUUUC